CGUUUUCCCGGAAUCCUACUACGGUGAAGGAAAUGCUCGUGCUGAAGUUCUUCGGGAAGCGCCCAGACUGUAAGCAGAGCCUCGCUAUCCCACAAUGCGCCAGCGGACUCAUAGCGUGAAGCCUUCAAGCUAAUCAGACAGGAGCGUAACGUGUGCGUCUGUAAUAUUCAUGAGGCGCGCGCCUUUCCCAUAGUGUCAGUCUGGCAGCAGCUGGCCGCAUUUCUCCAGUGAGUCUGAUCGCAGAGGGGAGUUUCUGUGGCGGUCCGAGGCUUGAAUGAGGUUGAUGCUGCUCUGUUGCACCUGGAAGGACGAACGCAUGGGAGAGGAGGAAGCUGGAGGGAGGUUGCCGGAGUGUGCAGGAUGCAGACAGCACAUCUAUGAUGAGCAGUACCUACAGGCCCUCGACACGGACUGGCACACGCUGUGUUUCAGGUGUUGUGAGUGCGGGGCGUCUCUCUCACACUGGUACUAUGAGAAGGACGGGCGUCUCUUCUGUAAGAAGGACUACUGGGCCAAAUUCGGGGAGUUGUGUCAUGGCUGUUCAGAGCCCAUCACCACCGGACUCAUCAUGGUGGCCGGAGAGCAGAAGUAUCACCCAGAAUGCUUCACCUGUCUGAACUGUCGAGCGUUCAUCGGUGAUGGAGACACGUAUGCGCUGGUGGAGCGCUCCAAACUUUACUGUGGACACUGUUAUUACCGGACUAUCGUGACUCCGGUCACCCUGCCCGACUCCCCGUGCUCCAGGAUUCCUCACACGGUCACGCUAGUGUCUAUUCCCGCCUCCACCGAUGGGAAGCGAGGGCUUUCUGUGUCUAUCGAUCAGGGCUCCAGUCCCAACGGCUACAGCCCCGAGCACAAGCCCACCGUCAGAGUCUCACAGGUGGACCCAGAGUGCAUCAGUCCAGAUGUCAAGAACUCCAUUCAUGUUGGUGAUCGGAUCCUAGAGAUCAAUGGAACGCCGAUUCAGAACGUUCCUCUGGACGAGAUUGAUUUGCUGAUCCAGGAGACCAGUCGCCUGCUGCAGCUGACCAUUGAACAUGACCCUCAUGAACACAGCUCUUCAGAGGAUCAGGUGGAUGGCCCCACACCCCCAUCCGAGGGCCCCAGUCCCAUCACGCCCAUCACACGGCCGCCCAGCCAAGACAUCAACAACCUGCGCUCACGCAUAAUCACGCGCAGCUACAGUAUCGAUAAAUCGCCGUGCUCCAGUAACACGCCGUCUCCACUGUCUCUGAAGAAGGACAUCGGCCGCUCGGAGUCGCUGCGCGUCGUGACCAACCGCACACACAGAAUAUUCAGAGCCUCCGAUCUGAUCCAUGGAGAGGUUCUGGGGAAGGGCUGCUUCGGACAGGCCAUAAAGGUGACUCACAGAGAGACGGGCGAGGUGAUGGUGAUGAAGGAGCUCAUUCGUUUCGAUGAGGAAACACAGAUGACCUUCCUGAAAGAGGUGAAGGUGAUGAGAUGUUUGGACCAUCCCAAUGUGCUGAAGUUUAUUGGCGUCCUCUACAAAGACAAACGGCUCAACUUCAUCGCUGAGUACAUCAAAGGAGGAACACUGAGAGACAUCAUCAAGAACAUGGACGGUAAUUAUCCAUGGAAACAGAGAGUGAGUUUUGCCAAGGAUAUUGCCUCUGGGAUGGCCUACCUGCACUCCAUGAACAUCAUCCAUCGAGAUCUCAACUCACACAACUGUCUGGUCAGAGAGAAUAACAGUGUUGUUGUGGCGGACUUCGGACUGUCCCGGCUCAUGGUGGAGGACAAGAACCAGGACAAACUGUCUUCCGGACCGAUCCCGGGUGUCAAGAAACCCGACAGGAGAAAGAGAUACACUGUGGUGGGAAACCCGUACUGGAUGGCUCCCGAGAUGAUUCACGGAAAGAGCUAUGAUGAGAAGGUGGACAUCUUCUCCUUCGGCAUCAUGCUGUGUGAGAUUAUAGGGCGAGUCAACGCUGAUCCUGAUUACCUGCCCCGGGCCAUGGAUUUCGGGCUGAACGUGAAAGGCUUUUUGGACGAUUACUGCCCCUCGGACUGUCCGCCCUCUUUCUUCCCCAUGGCGGUGCUCUGCUGUGAUCUGGACGCAGAGAAACGGCCUGCGUUUGUGAAGCUGGAGUCGUGGCUGGAGAACCUGAAGAUGCAUCUGGAGAUGGGCCUGCAUCUGGUCUCAGAGCUCGAGCUCAUUCAUCAAGACUUCUGUCAGAAACACUCGAGCAGCAAGAACGGGCUUCACACGCACCCAGAGCAGCCCGAGUGACACCGCUGACGGAGGGCAAACCUCCUCCCGCUGAGCAGAUCUACUGGAGGACGACGGAGACGCUCCAUCACUGGACGUCUGCUGUCGGUGGUCCGCGGGCCUGAAGACUCCAUGUUUCUGGAAAUCCAAGCAUCAAAUGACACCUGCAACAUAACGUCACGCCACUGUCCGAAAGGCUUCGGCCAGGACAGAUGAUUCCAGUUUGAAAACAUCACCUCACAAGCACCGUUUCGUCAGUCAUAAUGCAUGUCUGUUGUGGCUUAUCGUGUGAUGUUCUUCGUACGGUACUGAUGGUGCGUUCACGUCUCGUCCAAAUGACCAUAAAUGCAAGUACGAAGCUCUGACUCGCCCUGCUUCAGUUAAAGGCCGUGUUUUGGUACUUCUGGUAAUGAGACCUGAACGCACGUGUGUUCGGCGCAUCCUGUCCUCGUGUUCAUCUUCACACAUCAAGUGUCACUAAUAUUCCUCAUGUCAGCCAUUUCCUGCACUGUAAAUAGAGUUAUAGUACAUAUUGUAAAUGUUUGACAUAUUGUAUAUGUGCAGACAUUAUUUUUUGUAUAAUGAUUCCGCGUUGGCGUACUUUUCACGAGAGCACCAGGAAUCAACUUUACAGUGGAUUCCUGUCCGUGUUGAACACGUAAAAAACAUGAUACAUGUGAACUGUGGGCUUUCUCUUCCUCUAUUGUGUGUCCCAGUUCAGCCCUAUGGGUCGAAUUAACUCAUUUGCUGUCCUCUUUUACCCCAAAAUCCAAUAUAUAUAUAUAUAUACACAGGGCUUGACAUUAACACCGCCAAAUGCUUGUGUAUUUCUUUGGCGGGUUGAGUUUUAUAUAUAAUAUAUACAUUUUUCAAUUGUAGUCUUUUAAAAAGGCGUCUAGUGUUGGGCAAUGUAGUGUUGUCAAAAAUAUCGAUACUGAAAUAUCUUAAAUGCUUCCAAUAUUCAUUUCCUGCAGAAAAGACACACAAUACCAGCUGCUCUCUCUCAUCUCUGCUCUCCUCACUCACUCGUUUCAUUUGUUCCGGAUGAAUAUUUUUGUUGUUUCAGAGUUUGAAUUUUGGUGUGGGAUUGCGUGUAUUGCGCAUAAUUUUUCUCAUUCCCGCAGAAUUUGUUCUCGCAUCCAAAGUGCGCACACCUCUCAGUGCUAAAUUGUGUUCUCUUCCGCUGCUUAUUGCUCUUAAACAGUCAAAAACACACAAAAUAAUGUCAAAAUGCCGGUCUUGGCGAGUAUUCAUGUAAACACAGUCAGUUUUAGUUGAAUGUAAACAGUUGAGAAAGAAAACGCAUGUGUAACAGUAUAAUGGAUCAGUGCGUCAGGUCUUAAAGUGACAGCAGCCUAAUAAACCUGCUGAAAAAUUAUGAGAUAAUAUUAUAAAUAUCUAUAUGACAGUUUUCCCCCAUGGUAUUGAUGUCAAAAUUGUAACCACUAGCCACAGUGACUGAGCAAAAAUUUUAAUGUCAAGCCCUGUAUAUAUACACAUGUAAAGAAAAUUAAGCUUUUUUUUUUUUAAUAAUUAUUUAUUUAAAUUGUAAAGUAAAUGUAUAUCACGUUAGUAUGUGUUGAAAUGAAUGUAAUUUAAUGGUGAUUUACAUAGAAAAUCUCAAAUCUUCACAGGUUUCUUUUGUAAUCUUGAAUUCCUUGAAUCUCUUUCUUUUGAUUUCGGGGUGAAAGACGCUGCAGAUUUCCUGUGCUUUACGGUGAAUCUCAGCCAAACGAAGCGCUCGUCUGAUCUGGGUACAGUUUGUUCUCAGGCUUGUGUUUUGGAAAGACAGAGCCUGGUUUUAGACCCACACGCGGGACGGUGGGUCUCAGGGUCCUUCAACACAGGUGAUCUGUGAGUUUACACAACACUGCUGGUGUAAAUAUCUUCCAGAAAGGCUUCUCUCGAUGUUUCCUCCUCCUGGCGUCACGCUGCAUGCGUCACUGGCUCGGCGUGACGUCCUCCGCUACCAGUCCAGCUAUUCUCAUAACGGUGAACAAAUAAUAUUAUAAAAACACACAGGAGGAUCGCCAGGAAAGCACGUGUACAGACUGAAAAAACAAAGACUAAAAAAGUAAAAACACAGCCUCUUCUUGUCUCUUUUGGAAUAGAACCACUAUUUUCUCUUUUAUAUAAGAUGUUUAAAUGAUUUCAUUUGCACUAUGGAAGAAAGCGGCUGCCGCUCGAGCCUUUUGGUUUCUUUGUCUUGUUUGGUUGGUGAUUGUAUGAAUGCACGUCACUGAUGGAGCCUUUUGUGACGUUUGGCCCCUGAUGCCGCGUCUCCUGAGCAGCACGUGCGUAACGGACUCAGAAAACAUGUGACCUGUGACCCCCGUUUAGUUAAUUCAUCAACAUAUUGAGUAUCUCAAUCACAGGCUGUCGCUGAAGUCAACAUGAAGCAGCAUCUGCACUGUCAAACUUGGCAUUAACCAGAAUGAAAUGACUCUGUUUGCGAUCUUUACGAUUGUCCAAAUAGAUCCAGGGUGUCCAGUCCUGCUCCUGGAGCAGAGUUCAGCUCCAACCCCAAUUAAACACACCUGAACAGCUAAUCAAGGUCUUCAGGAUCACUAGAAUCAGAUGGUCUUAUUAGGGUGUGUUCACACUUGGCAGGUUGGGUAAAACGAACCCUGGUGCGAUUGCUCUGUUAGUGCAAAUACUAGUGUCCGAACCCUGGUGCGCACUGAAGAUCCCUGAAAAGAUGGGUCUGGGUUAGUGUUGUCAAAAUACAGACUUAGAUAUUAAGUCGGUACUGCAGUUUUAAAAAUAUGACGCUUUGAGCGCUGUUGAGUGGAUUCGUAAACACCUCUGAUUGGCCAUUGAGUUCAUACACUCAUCAGAUAUGUCUGUGAUUGGCUACAAUGAUCAAUGCACGGGAGCAUCUGUGUGAGCGCUCUGUGAAGAGCGUCAAAGAUGUCUAUUUACAUGUUUUUGAAGCGUUGAUCAUGGUAGCCAAUCACAGGCAUAUCUGUUGAGUGUGUGAACUCAGUGGCCAAUCAGAGGUGUGUUCAUGAAUCCUCUCAACUGCACUCAAAGCAUCACAUUUUUAAAAUUUCAGUACCGACUUGGUAUCAAAGUCGGUACUUUUGACAACACUAGUCUGGGUCCGCUUCCAAAUGAAAUCUGGUGCGGUUCGAAUGAAAUGUGAACGCAACAUGGACCAAAGACAUCUAAACGAACCAAAAACAAGAAGUGAUGUCACAAGAUGCAUGCCUAAAAAGGAUGGAAAGCUCAAGCUUAUCUGUUUUUUUUCUCGUCAUAGUUGUGAUGUUGCCCAUCACAGUUCGGUACAGGCAGAAACGCGUCUCCUCACAGCAGAUCUUCGUUUGUGUGUGACGGAGGGAUUCCUGCCGCUGUUUUGACUCCUUUUAGCCCAGCACACCGCAUUGUUUGCAAAAUAUACGUCAUAAAAGCCGUUUCUUUUUGUUUUGUAUCUUUAGGUUCGGUGUUAAAAAUGAGUGUGAACGCUAAGCGAACCAGGACUGAAUGUAACGUUUUCUUUUUUUUGGCCCAAACCAAAUAGAACCGAACUACAAGUGUAAACACACCCUUAUUAAGAGAUACAAGGCUCUACAAUUAGGGUCCGUUUACACAAAACCGUUUUUAUGUGUUUUGGCCGUUCAUUUACACCACAGUGGCGUUUUGGGGGCCUGAAAACACAAACGUGUUUUAAAGUGCAAGUGUUUCUAUGUCUAUAGGCGCAUAGUUUUUCUUUACAAAGUCACAUCGCCACCUACUGGCCUGGCUUGAGUAAUACAGCGAUUUAAUUCGUUUUCGUGGAUCCAUGUGAACGGGGAUCGUUGUCGACUGUACGUGAAAAACGCAAAGGAAAAGCUUUUCCGUUUUAGUACGUCGUUGUUGUGUAAACAUACCAUUAGAGAAAGCGUAACGGCCAACUUGGAUCACGUGUGCCUUGAUAACCAAUCACGUUACAGCCUUGACGUCAUUGAAUUUCUAGCGAAUACCGUAGAUAUGAAUGAGAAGUGUCCAAACUAUGAUCGUGAAUUCUCUCAUAGAACAGCAUUUUUUUUGGUGUAAACUCUAUUCAAUACAAAUAUUUACAGGGAAACAUGUUAAAGAUUAGCCGAAAGGCUGUCGAUUCACUGAACGAUAAGCUGUUUUCCCACAAGAGCAGCGUACUGACGCUUCUCCUCCAUUGACAUCCAUUCAAAAAAUCACCCUCUGGUCUCCUUCCCUCUGUACUGCAUCAUUUUUUUUGCUAAUCGUGGACGCUUGCCUUAAAGAACUCUUCAGGAAAGGAGCAGGAUUGGACACCCCUGAAAUAGACAUUUGGCUAUUGGUUAAUAUGAACCGGUAUCCUGCACGACCUAGUCGAUGAAAAGCCAUUUUAGAGUUACUACAUUAUGAUAAAGUCAAACACUGUUCUUCGAAAUAUCAUGCACGAGACUGCCUUGGUUUAUUAAGAUAGUAAAUAGGGUCAAUUUUGAUUUCAUGUUGACUUUAAGCCCUGAUGACCUGAUAUCAAUACUAAUAAAAAGCCAUAUUGCUAUGUAAGCCAUUAUACUCAAUUGAUUACGAGUCCAUUGCAUUGAUCGAAAAUGGACUUGAGCCAAAAACGACAGUGCUUCAGGUGAUUUGCGAGGUGUCGAUCUGCUGCUCAGGCGUCCGGCGCGGCGGCCUCACUGCUGCCUACUGAGAGUCCUGUAGCAUGACCACCACCUUCAUCUUCAGACAGAAAGAGCACUUAAAUGAUGUAGUCUAGCUUGUAAUGCUUCUAGAAGUCCAGCUCAGGGUCCCGCCUCUGGUGUAUCUGUACAUGCAUGGCAUCAGUCAAACGACUCAACGGCAUCAAUGAGAAAGUGUUCAAAGGUACCGUUCACCGAUCUGGUGCGGACGUGAGCGAAUGCUGCAGAAACGAUGGCUUUACCUCUCGACAUUGCUGUGCCUUUGUUUUACGCUAGCCUUGCCAACGACUUUUAGUGUGUUUUGAGCCGGAUGAGUUUAUGUCAUCGCUUACCUGUUUCAAUGAGUUUUCCCUUUUUGUUCUGAGAUGUAUUUAUAUUUUCCUUUAUAGUUUCCUUUGUCCAGUUUGAUAUCUGUUAGUUUAAUGGUUUCCUGUAAUUUAAUGUUUUUACUGAAGCUGUGAAAAUGACUCUGCACUUUAAACGCACUGGCCGUGAACGAGGCGACUGUAAUUCAGGACAGAAUAAACUGACGCUCCUGAUGUUA